UCUUUCUCCCAAACCCUAGCAAGACCCAUCUUCAAAGAUCCCAUCUUUAACAAAGCCCAGUUGAGAUCUUCCGUUUUCAGAAUCGGAAACCAUGGAUUUGGAGCUCAACACCAUCAUCAAGCCCUCCUCGAAGAGAGCGUACGUGACGUUUUUGGCGGGGAACGGUGACUACGUGAAGGGAGUGGUGGGAUUGGCGAAGGGGCUGAGGAAGGUGAAGAGCAAGUACCCUUUGGUCGUCGCUGUCUUGCCCGACGUCCCCGAAGAUCACCGGAAACAGCUCACGGAGCAAGGCUGCGUCGUGAAGGAGAUUCAACCGGUUUAUCCGCCGGAGAACCAGACUCGGUUCGCUAUGGCUUAUUACGUCAUCAACUACUCCAAGCUCCGUAUUUGGAAGUUCGUGGAGUACAACAAGAUGAUAUACUUAGAUGGGGACAUUCAAGUGUUCGACAACAUAGACCACUUGUUCAAUCUCCCCAACGGUCACUUCCACGCUGUGAUGGACUGUUUCUGCGAGAAGACUUGGAGCCACACUCCACAGUACAAGAUCGGAUACUGUCAGCAGUCGCCUGAAAAGGUGACGUGGCCGUCGGAGAUGGGACCGAAACCGCCGUUGUACUUCAACGCCGGCAUGUUCGUGUUCGAACCGUGCUUGUCCACUUACCACAACCUCCUAGAGACUCUCAAAGCUGUCACUCCCACUUCUUUUGCCGAACAGGAUUUCUUGAACAUGUAUUUUGAGGACAUAUACAAGCCGAUUCCACCGGUUUACAACCUUGUCUUGGCCAUGCUUUGGAGGCAUCCCGAGAACGUUGAGCUUGACAAAGUUAAGGUUGUUCACUAUUGUGCUGCGGGUUCUAAGCCUUGGAGGUACACAGGAAAAGAGGAGAACAUGGACAGAGAAGACAUCAAGAUGCUGGUCAAGAAAUGGUGGGACAUUUACAAAGACGAAUCCCUCGAUUACAACAACAACGACCACAAGCGGCAAAGAGCGAUCGAUCAGCCUCUUCUUGCAGCUCUCUCGGACGCCGGCGUUCUUCACCACGUCAAAGCUCCAUCCGCUGCAUGAAAUCAAAACCUUCUGCUUGAAUCAGACGCUUUUCGAAAUUAACUACGGAGAGUUGACAUGUUAGUAUAUUUUACGUAACUCUAUACGUUACACGUGUGAUAUUAUUACUUAGUGUGGGAGUUGUACAUGUCCCGGGUUUUGGGGAGUACGUACAUAUGAUGUCCAAACUUGCUUGUGGUAUAUUUGUGAGUGAAUGGGGCUACAGAAAUACUAUAUAAUACAAAUUGUUUGAGACUUUGAUCUGAUA